AGAAGCUUUUGUGCUUUGUGUUUUGUCCACUUAUUCCAUAAAUUUAUUGUGAUGCUAAUGAAAAUUGUUAUCAUGACUCUGUUUUGCAGAUCAUACGUCUUUUUAUUUAAAUUAAGGAACAUCACGGGAUUCACAUGGCUUUCCAGUUUUUGAGCAAUAUAAAUAAAUUACGGAUUGAGUCAGCAGAUCCUACAGAAGAUGCUCCUGAAAUGCAUCAUGUGGAAGGGGCAUUUGUUGAAACAUUAUUACCGAAGGCUAAAUCUCCACCUCAAGAUGCUUUACUAAAACUGGAAACAGAGCAAACUUUCACUGAACUAUCUCAAGAGAGCUCCAUGUUUAUUUUUAAGCUGGGUUUAGUUAAGCUCCAAUGCUGCCUCUUGAUGAAUGGGCUUGUUGUUAAUGCUAAUGAGAUUUCCGUCAGCAUGUCGUAUAUGCUCUUACAAGAGAUAUGGGUUCUUAAGUUGGAUUCUUCAUGAUCUCCCAUGACCAUUAGCACAAGAAUGACAUAUUUAGUUUAGAAGGCAAAGUUGAUUAUUCUUCUUUGUAACUUUACAUAUGAUUGGCUACUUUCUUCUCUUUUACUUUUGAUCCCUGGUUUUGUAACUCUCUUCCAGCUAAAUCAACCCUUUAGCCUUACUAGACUUCUGUCACUCGUAGUUUUCAAAAUUUGUAAAGUCUUACGUCUCAUGAACGAUGAAAGGGAUGUGAUGAAUCAUUUUGUCAUUCACAUCAUGGAUGAUGCUUUAAAAUUAUAGGUUUAUUA